AUGGCCGCGCUGUCCCGUCAGGACAUGUACUUGACGCCUUCUGAACUUGUGUCGGAAGAUCCUUUCCCCCACGUCGGAAAUGAUGUCACGAGCUACUUGAAAGAUUUCUACAGGACACAGUUCGAGCAAGAGCGCCCUCUACUUUUGCGAGAAGAACAUGAACUGCACCUUCCGGAUGUUUACACCGACCCACACAUACAGUGUCGUGGCGACAUUGGACAGUCUAACGACGUCAGUAAUGUUGACAGUCUUACGAAGAUCUUUCUUCAACCGAAAACUUCGACCUCACAAAGAAAUCCUAAACCUAAGCAAACAACUACACAAAGAAAGGUCAGAAAAGUACACUUAGAGGGUUCGGCUGGAACAGGGAAGUCAAUUUCUUGCAAGAAGCUAGCAUACGAUUGGGCAACCGGCAAACUGACUCGCUUUUUAUUGGUCUUUCUUAUUGAGCUUCGGUACAUAACGGGUGGUAUAUUGGAUGCAAUAUUCGACCAAAUAUUGUAUAAUGACAUGUAUUUAUUUAGCAAACAAGAAUUGCAUGACUACAUUCUUCAGCAUCCAGACCAAAUCCUCUUUGUUAUUGACGGUUUACAAGAAGUGAGCUCUCACUCCAAAUUGUUUCAAGAAACGAUUUUACAGAAGUGCCAUGUUCUUGUCACUUCUCGGCCAUAUCCUAAACCACUAGAGCUAGACCAUUGUGACACAUUUUGCAAAAUCAUGGGGUAUACAAAGGAAAAUUCUCUAAACUAUGCCAUGAAAUUUUUCAAGGACAACGAAGAGACUUCACGUCAGGUUCUGACAAAAGUUGAGGAAACCCGUAGCCUUCGAGAGCUUGCUGUAAACCCACUUGAUAUUAUGUUGAUCUGUUCCAUCUGGAAAGAUACCAGUGGUAUAUUAAUUUCUGGAAAAACAGAAUUGUACAUGGCUGCGAUCCAUUGUCUUGUUAGGCGCUUCUGUUCCGAGAAAGGAUUGGGAUUUGACUUAAAAGAUCAUUCAAUACAGCAACUGUUAAGAUGUUUGGGGAAGCUUGCAUGGGAUGGGCUUAGAAAAGUAUCACCUAAACUGUAUGCACCGUUCAUCCCAUAA